GUGGGUCUAAAACGGCGGCGUGUUAACUGGAGUUUGGUAACUAAUCCUCCAAAAGAAUAUAAAAAAACAGAGAAAGGCGCGUGGGAAAAUAUGAAAGGCUUAGAAAUGGUGGUGACGUCGUCUCUCUCUUCAACGCCGUCUAUCUUCUUCUUCUCCCUCGGAGCUGCUGAUCCUCAAGUUUCUUCUUCCAGUCUCCAUGGACGCCUUACGAUUCCUUUGAUUCCCUAUUCCUCUUCUCUAGUAAAGGGACUAAGAAGACACCAAGAUGCAACAAGAGCCAGAGGUGGAGCAGUUCGAGUCCUAGCUAAUCCAAACGCGUCAUCUCCUCCUCCAGGAAGAGUAAAGGCAAAAAAGGAGGUAAUCAUGGUAGACCCUCUUGAGGCCAAGAGAUUAGCAGCGAAGCAAAUGGAAGAGAUUAAAGGCAGAGAGAGGCAACAGAGAAGGCGUGAAAUAGAGGCUAUUAACGGAGCCUGGGCAAUCAUAGGACUCACCAUUGGCCUUAUAAUCGAAGCCCAAACGGGGAAGGGUAUCUUGGCUCAGUUGGUUGGUUAUUGGUCUGCGCUUCUGCAUCUAUUCACUCCAUCAACAUAAGAGUUUCCCAAAACAAUUCUAAGAAGGGUACACGAAUUAUAUACAAUUAAAAGAAGUGAAACAAUGUUGCAAGAUAUGUUUGGUCUAUCUUAUCUUUAAAAUCUGUGAAAUAUAAAAAUGAGGCUUGACAUAAACAGCUAAAUUUUGUAUUAAUAAUAAACAAGAGAUAAUUAACUGUACAUGUUUUAUUUACAAAA